GAGCUUAGGCUAACAUAAUAACUCUGCAGGCUCUGAUGGGGAGGAUCAGAACAGGUUUAGCAUUUUUAUAACUUAGGCUACCAGACCUCUAUUUUCUACAUAGUGCACACAGGUUCUUGCACAAAGGGCUUUGUUUCACCUGUUUGUGCUUUGACAAAGUAGGUUAAUAAUAUUCAACAUUAAAACAGUGAAAAUGGCUAGCUAGCUAAAACCUUAAGCAUUUUAAAUUGAAAUUCCUUAGGACUGAGGUUUCUAUGCAGUUCCAAUGGCCAAUUCCAGCUUUUUUAUUUUACCUUAGUUUUGUUGUUUGUAAUUAAUUGUAUUGCCCAUUUGUGGUUCAACUCAUAGAUGGAAGGAGAGAAAAUGAAGGUGCCCACUGUGCAGAGAUGCUGUCGUGCUGUUUCUGUGCUGAUGGUGGAGCUGCCCUUUGCGUGGCAGGGGGACAUCUUUCUCCUGAUAUUCAAAGUGUGAACUGUGGAGAAGCUGCUUCCAAGCUGUUCUGAAGGUGUGUGCCCACAUCUCCAGGCCUUCAGACAGAUAAGCACAGGUUGUGACAGGAGUGCUCCUUCCUCUCCUGCAGGGCUCAUAAUCCUCCAGUGGCAGCAGCUCAAACACUUCACAAAGCUGACUUUCUCUUUUUGCACUGUGAGGCUGAAUAUAGAGUGUUAAUUUGGUGGAUUCAUUUGUGAAGCCUCUUCCUCAUUACAGCACCUUGAGCACAUCUGAAUUUCCACACUGUAGGGCAGGUGAGUUUGUGUUUGCCAGAGCAGUGAUUAAAGCUCCCCAGGUAAAUCCUAUUUAAUGAAAUAUUGCAGGAUCUUUGAAAGUAAGGAAAGAGCUGAGGAAUGCUGGCUCUGUUCAUUUAUUUGUGUACCUGGGUGACUGUGUUCAUUCACCUAAAGCAAACCCGGCCUGUGAACACACCAUUGCCUGCAGAGGAGGCAGUUUGGGCUGGUGAGUGGAAAGGGUCUGCUGUGGUCUUUCUAAUUAAAGUAACAGAUGCAGCCCAGAUGAAACCUACAGCUGCUUAUGCAGAUUGCAAAACAAAAGGUACACAUUGUUGGUCGUGGUGGUUAUUUACAGCAUCGUGGGGGGAAGGAAGCUGUUCUUGGGGCAGUCACCAACAGCUACAUGGAUUAUGAGCUCUGUUCAAGCAUUUUGUUAAACGCUGUGCUUUACUCUUUUUGUAAGUGCAUUAAGGGUGGGAGGUGUACUAAUAAUGUGUUGCUUCUAAACAGCAAGUCAAUGUGUUGGUGGAGCAGUACCGCAUACAAAACUUAGUGACUGUGGUUAAUGCAGUGCUCAAAACGUCCGGUAGUCCCUUAUAAUGGCAUCUGUUUAUAGAGACUUGCUUUGUAAACUCUCUUUUUCAUAAACAGCUCUUCUAUGUUUAGCUUCUUAUCAGGCUGGAUGCUUGAAACCCUAGGAAGGAGAAGAGAGAAGAAGAGCUUUAGAAUAAAGCUCCUUUAGUAACCAUCCUGUUCUAUGUAAGUCUGUUGCCUUUGUAAAGCAUACGAGAAUGACAUUGUAGACCUGUUUGUUGAGGACCUGGUCUUCCUGAGGUAAUUCUUUUCUUGCUGACUGAACCACUUUCCAGUUGAAUCUCAGCCCAGGUGCAAUAUUUGCUCUUGGAGGGGGAUUAAUUCUUGAAAUCCUGGAUGGACGCAACCAGAGACGCGCUUUAAAAUCCUCUACAAAUUGUCUUCCUUCCUUGCUCAGAGGUAAGUGAUUCUCAGGUGGAUGGGAAGGCGCAUAGGACGUGGCUGCGUGGAAAAUUCACCUUUAUUCUUAGGAGUUCAUGUCUUUGCCCUGUGGUAGCUCCUGUGCCGUUUGGAACCCAGAAAGGAACCUUUGAGUCUCCCAGGAUUCUUUGAGGGAGAAGAAGUUUGUUCAUCCAUAGUUACCUACUUGUUCAUUGGUCAUGAGCUGCCCCGAAUCUCAGAAGACAGGGAAGAAUGCUGAUUCCACUCCAAAACAAGUUAUCUUCAAGAAAAGCUCCCGUGACAAAGCUCUGACCAUCUACCUGGGAAAGCGUGACUUCAUUGACAACAUAGGGAAUGUGGAACCUGUGGAUGGUGUUGUAUUGGUGGAUCCUACAGCGAUCAAGGGGAAAAAAGUGUACGUGACUCUGACCUGUGCUUUCCGGUAUGGUCAGGAGGACAUUGACGUGAUUGGCCUCACCUUCCGGAGAGACCUGUUCUUCUCUAGGGUCCAGGUGUACCCACCUGAAAACAAGUCAGAGUCUCUCUCCCACCUGCAGGAAUCUCUGCUAAAGAAGCUGGGGAAAAAUGCUUACCCCUUUUUCUUUACAUUCCCAGAUUACCUGCCUUGUUCAGUCUGUUUGCAGCCUUCACCUCGUGAUGUUGAUAAGAGCUGCGGGGUGGACUUCGAGGUGAAAGCUUUUUCAACAGAGAAUUUGGAAGAGAGAGUUCAUAAGAGGAACUCCGCACGGCUGCUGAUCCGUAAAGUGCAGUUUGCUCCAGAAGAACCAGGACCCCAACCAUGCGCGGAGACCACGUGGCAGUUCUUCAUGUCCAACAAGCCACUGCACCUGAAAGCCUCCCUCAGUAAAGAGGUGUACUACCAUGGUGAGCCCAUUCCAGUCACUGUCAUGGUCAACAACAGCACAGAGAAAACAGUGAAGAAGAUCAAAGUCCAGGUGGAGCAGGUUGCCAAUGUGGUUCUGUAUUCCAGUGACUUCUACACCAAAGUGGUAGCUGCUGAGGAAGCACCGGAAAAGGUGGGGCCAAACAGCAGCCUGACAACGACACUGAAGGUUUUGCCCUUGCUAGCAAACAACCGGCAGACCCGGGAAAUAGCCCUGGAUGGGAAGCUAAAGGAUGAGGAUACCAACUUGGCUUCUAGCACCAUUAUUAAGGAUGGAAUAGACAAGACAGUGAUGGGGAUUCUGGUUUCCUACAAGGUCAGAGUGAAGCUCACUGUUUCAGGCCUGCUGGGAGACUUCACCUCCAGCGAAGUGAGCACAGAGCUGCCAUUUCGUCUCAUGCACCCCAAACCUGAGGAAAAGAACCCAGCAGUGAUGCAGAGAUGGUGUUUGAGGAGUUUGCUCGUCAACAGCUAAAAGAUACGGGCGAUGAAGAAGAAAACAAGAAUGUUUCCUCAACUGAUGAGUGAUGAGAAGAAAGAGCUGACGGAGAAGAUUGUAGCCAGGAACCAAUCUGUAAUUUAGGACCUAGGUUUUGAGUAAACUGUGUUCUUGGUGCAUGUGCUGUGGACGUAAAAUCAUAAAUCUCUCUUAGUUAUUAACAGUUUCCAUGAGAACGUAGCACACUCCAUACCCGCUGCUUACUCUACCUGCCAGAGGAGGGCAGGAGGGCUGCAACAUCUUCAGAGCUACCUGCUCAAGUGGUUGGUUACUUUUACCAUUAAGGAGAGCUUAAAUGAGGGCUUGCACAGCCUGCCUGCGCUCAGCUGGGGUUGAGGAGUCUCCGUGUCUUUUCUUUGUGUCUUUUUCACCAGUGAACUGAGCCCUAGUUUGAAUGGCUGGCUUGCUGCCUUUGACUUGGAAGUUCCUCAGUGGGCUAUAUGAAAUUUGUUUUGUUUCCUUUCGUUUGCUUUUGCAUUUCUGCUUUAUCAAACUCACCUAGUUAGGAUCAGUGCAAGCACUGAAAAUCUUGUGCAUGGCUUACGUUUUCCUCCUCUACCAUUAAAUGUCUUGCAAGUCAUCUUUCACUGCAGUUGUAUUGCCGAGAUGUUAUGUUAGCCUUCAUAGCAUUAUACUUAACAGCCAAGUUAUUAAGGAACUGGAAAAUAUGCUCUGUGAGUGGUUUCCUUAACACAGCUCCUUAUAUGCAAUGCUAACCCAGGUUAAUCUCAUCUAGUCUAGUUAUCUUUAUGUGGCAGUGCUUCGGAAGAGGGUGCAAUGAAAUUAAGGAGGAAACCAUGGGGCAAACUGCCUUUAGAAACACAUGUUGCUCUGCCAGAGAUCAGCUUAUACUCUAAGAAAUGAGAAUGUGGUCUGCAAACAUUGAUCUCCCUUGUUGAUCUGAAUGUUCUCAUUAUCCAUGCAAGCACAUAGGGUCCUUGUCUGAGUCUCACAGGGGCCCUGGGCUGAAACGAGUUGCAUCAGCUAGUUGCAUUUUGCACGUAAAAGGACUGCUGUUACUUUUUCCUCAUUUUUGUUCUGUUUUUCAUUGCCUCUGGAUUAAAAUUCUCCUGGAAAAUCUGAA